AUGGGGAAAGCGGCCGCUCUGUGCCGAGGUGGCGGCUGUGGCGGCCGCUCCCGCGGACUCUCGUCGCUGUUCACGGUUGUUCCCUGCCUGUCGUGCCACACGGCGGCACCGAGCAUGAGCGCUUCCACGCCCGGCUCCGGACCGGAGCCGAAACCUCAGCCCCAGCCAGUGCCCGAGCCCGAGCGGGAGUCGGUGUCAGAACAGGAGUCGGAGCCAGUUUCGGAGCUGUUACCAGGAUCGCAGCCCGAGUCCCAGAAGACGUCUUCUCCAAGGCCAGGGCACAAACAGGAAUCGGAACUGCUGCUGGGGCUGGGGACGGGGUCAGGGCUCCGGCAAGAGUUUGGUUCAAGUGUAGGAACAGGGCUCUUCACCAAGGCCUCAUCUGAACAGUCACCGGCUGCCGGGCUAGUUGUGGGGAGCAUACCCUUUACGAGACCCGAGUCAGGGUCGCAGCCGGUGUCAAAGCCCCCACCCCCUCUGCGACCUGGACAGGUGAGGAUGCCUUUUGUGGUUCCAGUGUCAGGACCUGGCACGACCUCCACCGCCCCGAUGGUCUUGCUGCCUCUGGACAGCUUCAAGGGCUGGCUCCUCAAGUGGACCAACUACCUGAAGGGCUACCAGCGCCGCUGGUUCGUGCUCAGCAACGGCCUGCUGUCUUACUACAGAAAUCAGGGUGAAAUGGCCCACACCUGCCGUGGCACCAUCAACCUGUCCACCGCGCACUUUGACACGGAGGAUUCUUGCGGUAUCGUGCUGACCAGUGGGGCAAGGACCUACCACCUCAAGGCCAGCUCGGAGGUGGAGCGGCAGCAGUGGAUCACCGCCCUGGAGCUGGCCAAGGCCAAGGCUGUCCGCAUGAUGAGCAGCCAUUCAGAUGACUCUGGGGACGACGACGAGGAGACUGCCACCCCAACGGACAAGAGUGAACUCCACAACACCAUCAAGAACCUCUCCCUGAAGUUAGAUGACCUCAGCACGUGCAAUGACCUCAUCGCCAAGCACGGCGCUGCGCUCCAGCGCUCCCUGAACGAGCUGGACAGCCUCAGGAUCCCCUACGAGAGCAGCGAGAAGCUGAAGGCUGUGAAUGAGCGGGCCACCCUCUUCCGCAUCACGUCAAAUGCUAUGAUCAACGCCUGCAGGGACUUCUUGGAACUAGCGGAGACACACAGCCGGAGAUGGCAGCGCGCGCUGCAGUAUGAGCAAGAGCAGCGCGUCCACCUGGAGGAGACGAUCGAGCAGCUGGCCAAGCAGCACAACAGCCUCGAGCGGGCCUUCCGCAGCGCCCCUGGCCGGGCCGCCAACCCCACCCAGAGCUUCAGCGAGGGAAGCUUCCUGACUCCCAAAGGAGAGGACAGUGAGGAAGAUGAGGAUACCGAGUACUUCGACGCCAUGGAAGACUCCACAUCUUUCAUCACCGUGAUCACAGAGGCCAAGGAGGACAGAAAAGCUGAGAGUGGGACCACAGGCCCUGCGGACUGGACCUCGGCAGACAAUGUGCUGGACGGCGCCUCACUUGUGCCCCAGGGCCCCCCCAAAGUCAAGAGACGCGUCCGCAUCCCCGACAAGCCCAACUACAGCCUUAAUCUCUGGAGCAUCAUGAAGAACUGCAUCGGCCGGGAGCUCUCCAAGAUCCCCAUGCCGGUGAAUUUCAACGAGCCCCUGUCCAUGCUCCAGCGGCUGACCGAGGACCUGGAGUACCACCACCUGCUGGACAAGGCGGUGCACUGCACCAGCUCAGUGGAGCAGAUGUGCCUGGUGGCCGCCUUCUCUGUGUCCUCCUACUCCACCACUGUGCACCGCAUCGCCAAGCCUUUCAACCCCAUGCUGGGGGAGACCUUCGAGCUGGACCGCCUGGAUGACAUGGGCCUGCGCUCCCUCUGCGAGCAGGUGAGCCACCACCCUCCAUCAGCCGCACACUACGUGUUCUCCAAGAACGGCUGGAGCCUCUGGCAGGAGAUCACCAUCUCCAGCAAGUUCCGGGGGAAAUACCUCUCCAUCAUGCCGCUGGGUGCCAUCCACUUAGAAUUCCAAGCCAGUGGGAAUCACUACGUGUGGAGGAAAAGCACCUCGACUGUGCAUAACAUCAUCGUGGGCAAGCUCUGGAUCGACCAGACAGGGGACAUUGAGAUUGUGAACCAUAAGACAAAGGACCGGUGCCAGAUGAAGUUCCUGCCCUACAGCUACUUCUCAAAAGAGGUGGCCCGGAAGGUGACAGGCGUGGUGAAUGAUGGCCAGGGAAAGGCCCAUUACGUGCUGUCAGGCUCAUGGGAUGAGCAGAUGGAAUGCGCCAAGAUCGUGCAAAGCAGCCCCAGCAGCCCCAGCUUGGAUGGGAAGCAGAAGACAGUAUACCAGACGCUGCCGGCCAAGCUGCUGUGGAAGAAGUACCCGCUGCCGGAGAACGCGGAGAACAUGUACUACUUCUCGGAGCUGGCCCUGACCCUCAACGAGCACGAGGAGGGCGUGGCGCCCACCGACAGCCGCCUGCGGCCGGACCAGCGGCUGAUGGAGAAGGGGCAAUGGGACGAGGCCAACACAGAGAAGCAGCGGUUGGAGGAGAAGCAGCGCCAGUCGCGGCGCCGGAGACUAGAGGCCUGCUCGCGGGGCUGCGGCGCGGAGGACGCAGAGAAGGAGGCCGACGUGUACACACCGCUGUGGUUCGAGAAGAGGCUGGACCCGCUGACCGGGGAGACGGCCUGCGUGUACAAGGGCGGCUACUGGGAGGCCAAGGAGAAGCAGGACUGGCACAUGUGCCCCAAUAUCUUUUGAGCGCCACCCCUUCCUGCAAAUACAGGCCCUGCACAGCCUGGUGCCCCUUUUACUUAAUGCACUCAAUUUAGUACCUAACGGCCCUCCCACCCCACUGUUUUCCUUCCCCCCCCUUUUUUUUUUAAUACUUUUUGGGGGCUCCAACCUUGGAAGGAGGAAGUGCUGGCCCGGUUCUCUCCAGCCCCCCAGGUGCCCCUGGUCACCUGUGCCCCUUCAUUAUGGACCUGGGCUCCAUCAGGACCCCAGCUCGCAGUGACCACAACUCAGGCAGCUGGCCCGGGCUCUGGACUGCCCCAUCACCAGCCCCACCCAGGGAGGGACUGACCCUCCUAGGGAGCCGCUUUUGACUUUUUUAGAAAAACGAUCUCCACUUCUCUCCAGCCAAGAUGUUUAGUAAAUAUUUUUAGUACAGCACUUAGUAGACAACUUUCUAAGUGUGCUUUCUUGCCACAAAAGUGUCCUGGCAAGAGCCCCUUCUUUUUAAGACAUCAGGAAGCCAGAAAGACCCUUUGAGUACAGAGUAUUUUGUAGCUCAACAUAGCAAGACUGCCCCCCCAGGAGCCCAGGAGCCCACAGGGAAGGGACAGGGAGGGGCCGCUGGGCCCAGGAGAGCACAGGUUGUCUCUGGAGCUAUCGCCACCGUGGGGAAGGGGCCCCUCAGCGUCCGGGGGACCGAGCCUUGGCCGUCUGGGGGCUGCACCCAGCCCCAGACAGGCCAGGAAAAGCUGGGGGCAGGGCCUGCAGGUGCUCCUCGCCCCGGAACCAGGCCCCGAAUCAGCAAUAAGAACAAACCCUCAGCUCAGCCUGGGCGUGGCCCUGGGCACCAGAGACCUAGCGUCUGGCCUUGGCUUCAGGCACCUCUGGGGCGCCCCAUCUCAGCACCCCUGAACUCUUUAUUUGCCUGAUUUAUAUAUAUAUAAAAUAUAAAUAUAUAUAAAAUAGCUAUUUUGCUUAAAUUUCUAUGGUAUGUGGAAAUGAAAAAAUGAUGAAGACAGGGCUCUCCUGUCUGAGUUUGGCCCUCCUGGCAGCUGUGCCCUGCCCUCUCCUUGGAUCCCCCUCCAGUGGCUUCUGCCAACAGUGGGGGGCCUGGGCCACUGUGGCCACUGUCCCAACCUUUAGUACCCCCCACUCCAACCCUUCCCACUUCAGUUUUGUCCUGAAAACUCACCGCAGGGUUUUUCUUUCUACUCCAGGACUGGUUUUGUUUUUAUAAGGAAAAAGGUGAAAACACCAACUUGUGAAAUGCCUUAGGGUGCCCACCGCAGAGUCAGGGCGGCAGGCAGCCCACCCGGCCUGCAGCAGAGCCGUAUGCUGUACCUCUUCCCAGCACUGUUUGUGGCGAGCGCCUUCUGAUGGGUAAUAAAA